UUCUCUUUGGUCUUUUCACCGCGUUCUCCAGCUCUGUUUUGACUGUCUCUGAGCUCUCUCGCUCUCUCAGCGUUCUUGGGGUCUGUAUUUGUUUCUGUCUCUCCGUCUCUAUUUGGAUGUAAGCACUUUCCGGGCAUUAAAUAUAUCAACAGUUUUGCAAUCAAAGUUUUGAUUUUUCCUUGCAAGGUAACGGACUGGUAUGCCUGAAAUUCCUUCACAUACUUCCUCUGUUAUUUAAUUUUCUUCGUGUUAUUGAUUCGUUGUGUUUGUUUUCAUCAUUGAUCGGUUGUUUAAGGAUAUGGUGGUGUUUAUGGUUUUUUUGGGUUCCUUUAUGUGGUUAUAGUUUUGGGUUCUGAAGGGUCUUCCUUAAAAGUUUAUGUGGUUAUAGUUUUGGGUUUCUUUAUGUGGUUAUAGUUUUGGAGAGGUCAGCGGCCAUACAUAGAAGCCUGUUUAUGUUAUAAUUAAGAGAAGUUUAAAGUUUCGCGACAUCUCAUAGAAUUUUGAAGGUAUGGAUAUUAGUACUGCUAAUUUGGCUUUAACUCCUCUUGCGUUUGCAAGAACAAUUGAGUUUAGUGGGCAUAUUUCUCCUGUAUCAGAUUGUGCUUCCUUCUAUUGGUUUCAUUUUAUUAUAAGAUUUUUGUGUCCACUGAAGUCUUCUAUGAAAAGAAUGAUGUUAUUCUUUUAGUGGGGUCCUGUGAUCCAAUCUUAGUAAACUAGUCCCUCACUUGGGCAUGGGGUUCACAUUUUAUGUGGGUAUUGUUUUAACUUUUAACCAAUAGUAACUAUUAAGCACCUUUAUGUAGAUUUGAUGUACAGUUAGCUUAGAUUCUCCGACUCGUGUGUGUGUUGAAAAGGUGCUGUAUAAACGCUGUUUUACUUUACUUUAUUUUUCCUGGUUUCAGAAGGAACUUGUGUUUUUGAGGAGAUGAUCUUGAUCUAUGUUAGAAUUAAAUUUGCAAUAGAAGGUUCACAUGAAUUUACGGGAAAUACCGAAAGAGCUAUCAAAAUAUUUGUUUUUGGCAUGGAGUCCAGACAUUUCUGAAACUAUUACAUGGAUGUUCAUGACCAGUUUCUUGAAACGGUAACCAGGUUGUUAUUUUAACUCCUAAAUUUUUUUUUUUGGCUUUUUAAUCUUGCAAUCAAGUAAAUCGAUUGAAUCUUGGCAAGUUCAAUUUCGAUUGGAGUUUAAUGGAUGCAAGGAUGAUCACACUAUAGUCUAUGUUAUAGGUGCAUCGCAGGACUAUACUGAUCAGAAACCCAUUAUAAUGGGGUCCCCAAGAAGUACCCAAGGAUUGAUUUGUUUUAUUGUCAAGUUUGAUAUCUCAUGACAUGUAGACCUUGUUGCUAACAUCGUGGUUUCAAUGUGCAUAUCAGAAAGGCUAUAAUUGACUGAAAAAUGGGGAAAAGAGGAAGAAAAAAGAAGUAGCAAACUGUGUGAUUUGUAGUUUGAAUACAUCAAUUCUGGUUGGAGGAUUUUCACAUGACAUGCGAAUUGAUGAUGUAGGGAAUGUAAACAUUACGCAUCAGAUGGAUUCUGUAAAACCAUCAGCUGUCACUCCUACAAAGAGUAAACUGGCGCGCACUUUCACAAAAGUUCUUCACCUCCGAACAGCGACUGGGGUGUGUCCAGUUGACGGGGUUCAGAAAGUUAAGCUCCAAGAGAAAUUCAAGGAAGAAAAGCAUGAACCUAAGAAUACAGAUAGUCAGCCUCUGUCAGUUGAUGAAAAUGAUGAGGAGUUUCAGAAGAGAGUGGCCUUUGAAGCUCUUAUUGCCAGGUUGUUUGCCAGCAUUGCAUCUGUGAAAGCAUCAUAUGCUCAGCUACAGUACACACAGUGCCCUUAUGAUUCUGAAGGGAUUCAAGCUGCUGAUGAAUUGGUAGUUUCUGAGUUGAAGAACCUUUCUGAACUGAAGCAAUGUUACGUGAAAAAAAUGUUUGAUCCUUCACCUGAGAGUACAAUGCUCUUGGCGGAAAUUCAGGAGCAGAAGAGUGUUGCAAAAACCUACGAGAUUAUGGGGAAAAAGUUGGAAUCUCAGUCGAAACUCAAGGACUCUGAAAUUACAUAUCUAAGAGAGAAAUUGGAGGAAUCUAAUAAACAAAACAGGUUGCUUGGGAAGAGACUGAAUCAAAGUGGACAGCUGUCUAUGCUUGACAAUAUUCAUCAAUCACGGUUAAGUCCUAGCCACUUUGUUACCGUUCUUCGCUACGCAACUAAGUCCAUUCGUAGUUUUGUCAGAUUGAUGAUAGAUGAGAUGAAAGCAGCUGAUUGGGAUCUUGAUGCAGCAGCCACGUCCAUACAACCUGGUGUGGUUUACUGGAAACCAGACCACAAAUGUUUUGCAUUUGAAUCGUUCGUAUGCAAGAAAAUGUUCGAUGGUUUUCAUCUGCCAAACUUUGGUCUUCAGAAGAAGCCUUUGGCAGUGAAAACAAACCAGCAGAUGCUCUUCUUCGGGAGAUUCUUGGAAUUGAAAUCCGUGAAAGCAAAGGAAUAUCUUUUCCAGAAGCCUAGUUCAGUAUUUGCAGAAUUUUGUCGUGUCAAGUACUUGCAACUCGUUCACCCCCAAAUGGAAUCAUCAUUUUUUGGCAAUUUGAGUCAAAGAAGCCUGGUGAAGUCCAGUCAGUUCUCAGAUUCCACAUUCUUUGUCUCAUUUGCUGAAAUGGCAAAGUGGGUUUAUCUCCUCCACUGCUUAUCCUUCUCUUUCGAGCCUGAAGGAUCAAUCUUUCAAGUGGGCAAAGGCCGUCGAUUCUCCGACAUCUACAUGGAAGUUGUUGCUGAUGAAGCAUUCCUUGCAUCAGAUACUACUGCACAAGAAUCUGACCCAGGAGUUGCUUUCACAAUUGUUCCUGGUUUCAAGAUUGGUAAAAUCAUCAUACAGUCACAGGUCUACUUAGCUCAGGUUCGUUGAACCGUAGAUCGCCAAUCAAAUGGGAGAGAAUUGCUUUGGGCAGCCGGACCCCACAACAUCAGAUAAAAUGAAAGGUCAUACUCAUGUCUUGAUCUUUUGAUGCAUGGUCACUUGAGCAUUUUGUCUUUUUUUUGGGUAAAUUAUUCUGUGGCCAUUUUCAAAAAGAAAGCGUGUGGACCGUUGGGUUGGAAACAACAUUUGAAUAACACUUCUAUUUUGUUGGUUUUUAAUUAUAAGAUACUGCCACUGUGCCACCUCAAUUUUGUUAAUGUUAGGCGAAGUACAGAGGAAUUGUUUAGCUGUUAUGCACCCUACGUUUGGAUAUGUACAUUAGUAAUAAUAAUAAGAUAUAUAUAUGAUGAUUAUUGUCUUUGUAGGCAUUGGAUUCCCUGCUGUUUAUUUGACAGAUUGGGAUGUAUC